GUUUCACCCCACUGCAGCCCUGGACAGCACACGGGCGAUUAGAUGCGCUCGCAUAGGCGGGCUAGCUUAUCGGCGGUAUACGGGGACUCUCUCUGGGCGAGCGUCCCUCCUCCACCAUGAUCGCAUUCCCUCUCGACUCUGUCUUGACCAAAGCGCUAGGCACCCACCACCUGCACCGUUCCUGCCCCGAUCCACGCGUCACAAGGGUACUCCCAUGUGCCUGGCAGAGCCUCGACACGCCCGUAGUACUGCAUAGCUGAGACCGCGAACCAGCCUUCCCACGCAUUCCGCCCAUUCCUCCCAUUCCUCCGCCACCAGCGACUGCGCGCAAACCAUGAUGGACACAGCCGAUCGCGGGAGCUUAUACGAGCACGACAUCCCGUCGCUGAGCGCGUCGCUCGAAGCCUUCGACCCGGAGCGCAGCAUGCACUCGGCCUACAGCGGCCGCUCCAACAUGCAUUCGUCGCGCUGGAGUGUGCCCCAAGACGAGGUAGACUCUGAGACCGAGUCGGACGGACCAUGGGCGCCACCAGCAUGGCAAAAGUCCCAAUCCAGCAACCACUGGUACAGAAAGUCGCUACUCGGUGAAAGCGCCAUGCGCAACAGCCCGUCCAAGUCGCCGUUUGAGUACCGCACCGAUCGCGACGUUACACCCUCGCGCAUACCACUGCCAGAGUCGCCCUACAAGCAAACACCGCGCACCAGCCCCGAACCCAUUCCCGAGGAGGAGCAGAGAUACAUGUCGACCAACAUUGCGUCGCGACUACAGAGCCCGGAGGAGGAGCCGCAACCGAGCGCGGGCGCAUUGGCGGGGACCGAGUCAACGCUGUCACAACAUGACGACGGGGGGCCAGUCGAGGGCUUCAUGCGCUUUGCGUACAGAGGAGAAGCUAAGUUCCGCACAGCGCCCAUCGAAGAUACAAUCACCACUUUUGCAAGUGGCCUUCACAUCUUUACGAGGUCAAGAGCCAACCUCAUCUUUACCGUCGCGACUCUUUUAAUGUCUUACCUAUUGCUGCACCCCUGGCAAGCCAGUCUCAUUCCAGAUGUCGCAAAUGUCGCCAGCAUGGCGAAACAGUUCGAGCCUCUCCUAUACGCUUCAGAGAGUGUCAUUCCACGGUCGCGCGAGCUCGCAGACGCCAGUAUCGCAGUGCAAGACCUGGGAGAGAGCGUCCGUGCGACUAACAUGUCUGCGUCGCCAGUCAUCAUAGAUCAGCUGGACGACCUGGGCGAUAGUCUCAGGAUCCUAUCCGAGAAGAUUACCAGCUUCUUUACCAAUGUAGAUGGCGAUAUGGACUCCAUCCUCAUUACUAUGGAAUGGGCCAAGCGAGAGCUAGCAAGUAUUCAAGGCCCAAAGGUUGGCAUGAUUGAUACAGUCAUCGACAAUGUCCACGGCGGCCUCAACGCGAUUGGCCUGCUUGAGCGCAACGGCGAAGCUACAGCCGUCGGCCGUGUCGUCAAUGAUAUCCUUGGACACACUACACAACAGCGGUCGAAAGCUACCCUGCAGCGCACGUUCGACUACCUCCUGACCACCCUAGAGGAGAACAUUGCAAACGAGCUCGCACGCGCAGACGUCCUCUUCCAACUCUUUGAAAGUGUAGACCGCCAAUUCCACAAUCUCCACCGCUCCGUCGCUAAAGAGGAAGACUCACUCGCAAACCGCAAAGACGAGUUCCUCGCUUCCAUGUGGCGUACCUCCAUCAACAACAAGAUGAAGAUCAAAAAGUACGAAAAGAAUCUCAAGCUACUCAAAGACGUGCGCGCGUCGACCCUCAUCAACAAAUCGGAGCUGAAAGUGCAUAUCCAAAUUAUCCAUUCCGUUAGGGACCAACUAGACAAAGCACGCAAGAACCUCAUCAGCCCUCUGAUCCGCGCCGCGCAGAGUAACAGCUUUGGCUUGGACCAGCAGUUGAACGACUUGACGGGUACAUACGGGUUCCUGAAGACGCUGAGAGAUGAUCAGAAGAAGAAGGUUCGACAGCAAAUGUGGGGCGAGCCCAAGAAGCGCAUUGCCAUUACUGCUGGUGGGAAGGAAGAAGAGAUUGAGGGGGACAGCGAGUAACUUGCUCACCUCUAGUCUCUCUCUUUCUGCCUCCUUUUUGAAUACUGUUUCCUGGCGUUCAAAUGCAUAGCUUACCUCUCUUGCUUGGCUACUACUAGCUGCUGCUUCUUUCUUGAUCGUUCUAGCAUGGCGACUUGGUUAGAUAAAGGAGCGGUGUCUUGGUUAUAUUUAACGCGGCGUCUCAUGAGAUAUGUAUCGUGGCGUGUUGGACAUAUCAUAUGUAUGGCAUUGUUGCCUUGAUACUUUUGUAAGAGACAUGGGUGGGAUGGAGGCGUUUGUGUUGCCAACAGCUUCGUACAAGCAUUACCACUAUCACAUACUGAUAUCAAUCUAAACAUGAAUAUCAUUAUGCUUUCGUCGUUUUCUGGAACAGGAUACGACUUGCAGUGCACUGGAGUUUUGUAAAGGAGCG